AUGAGUGGUCAUCAAUUACCACCGUUGCCAAAGGCGUUGACCGAAUCGCCGCAGCAAUCCGUACACGCGUUGAUCGACAAUCGCGGAACUGCCGCCUCCGCUGCCAAUCAAUACCCAUCCGUAGGACACACACUGGUCAACAAUAUUGGCAACAAUAGGUUGGACGAGAAGUUGACAGUACUCCGGAUGGAAAUGAUUUCCUUAAGACAAUUAGACAUUUCAUUGUUGGCACAGUUGCAGACAUUGCAACAGUCGAUACAAAAUUAUAAACAAUUAGUUAAUUGCGAUUACAAUGAUUACGACCAACAAAACGGCGGACAAAAUAUCUACGAGAACUGUCCACCAGUGAGGCCAAGGAUAGACAGUGCGAGACAACAGCGCGACGACAACAACGACAACGACGCUGAUGAUGACGACGACAUCGAGGAUGAAGAGGCCGGCAAUGGAGACACCGAUGAGAUCAGCGAUGAACGCAAAGAUAGUACCGACUCUUUGGAUUCAAGUGUUUGA